CUCAGCUUCCUCCUACGCGCCCCUCCGCGUCAGCUUAUUUCCACCGCCUACACCUGUCCUGACCUGAGAUAAUUUUUACCCCAAAGCAAACUGGUACUCUUUUGACGGCGGAAAAUUCAAACAAUGUCAACUACAUCACAACAGCGCCUGGCGCUGGCCAUCUGCGACUUCCUAAACACCUCGGCCAAGGAUGGAACCCUUGCCGCGGACGAUAGCGAGUCAAUCGAGGUCGCUGUCAACUGCAUCGCCGAAUGCUUCAAGGUCGACCCCACAGACAAGGCGGCCGUGACGGCUGCCGUCGGCGACCAGAACCUGUUGAAGAUCUAUGGCGUCUACGAGAAGCUCAAGGGCACCGGUUCCAGCAGCAGCGCUGCCAACAGCAGCGCCCCCGCACCUGCCGCCUCGGCCGCACCCACGGAUGAGCAGAAGAAGCAGGCCGACGCUCUCAAGUCCAAAGGCAACGCCGCCAUGGCGCAAAAGGACUACCCCCAGGCCAUCGACCUGUACACCCAGGCCCUGGCUCUGCACCCCGGCAAUGCCAUCUACCUGUCUAACCGUGCCGCCGCCCACUCGGCCGCCAAGGACCACGAGUCGGCCCGCGCCGACGCCGAAGCUGCCGUCGCCGUCGACCCCAACUACACCAAGGCGUGGAGCCGCCUCGGUCUGGCGCGGUUCGCGCUCGGCGACGCCAAGGGCUCCAUGGAGGCCUACCAGAAGGGUAUCGAAUACGAGGGCAACGGUGGCAGCGAUGCCAUGAAGAAGGGCUUCGAGACCGCCAAGAGGCGCGUCGAGGAGAUGGACCUGGACACCACCCGCGGUCCCGGAGGUCCGGGCGCUGGUGGCAUGCCCGACCUGAGCAGCUUGGCCAGCAUUUUGGGUGGUGGUGCUGGCCGCGGCGAGGGCGGUGGCAUGCCCGACUUUGCCAGCAUCAUGCAGAACCCCAUGUUUGCGUCCAUGGCUCAGAACCUCAUGAGUAACCCGGACCUGAUGAACAACCUCAUGAGCAACCCCAGGCUCAGGGAGAUGGCCAACUCUUUCGGAGGAGGUGGUGGCGGUGGUAUGCCGGAUAUGUCGCAGCUCAUGUCUGACCCGUCGAUUGCCGAGAUGGCAAGGUCGAUGAUGGGAGGUGGCGGUCCUGGUGCUGGUCCCAAUGCCGGUCCCGGUGCCGGUCGGGGUAGCCAGUAGAGAAUAUAGUGGGUCUAAGCGUUGAAAUGGCAAAUACAAGAUAUCAUGAAGCUAGUAAUGGAAGUUUUAUUGCCAUGGGGCCCGCCAAACCUAUAAUGCCCAGACUAUUCCUUUAGAGAAACUUUGAUUGUGCUUGUGGCUUUACCUGUCGUGGAACUCUGCGUACUCGUGAUUAUUAUAUACCUGUAUUUACGUGGUACUCAUCAUCCAGUUUUAGCUCGGUUUUGCGAUCAAGAUUGAUAUUAUGCGUGUCAAAUUGGCUACCCCGGUAAUGUGCACUGUACU